GGGGAAGAGAGAGAGACAGAGACAGAGACAGAGACAGAGACAGAGACAGAGACAGAGACAGAGACAGAGACAGAGAGAGAGAGAGAGGAGAUACAAAGAGAUAAGAAGAAACAGAGAAAUAGUGUCUCAGAGGUUGGCAGGAACAGUGGCAGGGGUAGUGGAGGUGUGGUGGAGAUCAUUUUUCUGGGGAGUGAAACUGUUGUCACCCUGCAGGAGUGGGGAUGAGGAGGGGAAAGGGCAAGCUAGGGCGGGGCCUUCCUCUUAGACCUGUUUAUAGGCUUGCUGGGGGAACACUGCCAGGCAAGCUCGGGCCAUGGAUUCUGGGUUGCUUCUUCUUCUGGCUGCCCUCCUUGGGCUCCUGCUCUUCCUGACACGGGGUACCCCUACUUCCAGGAGAGGCCACCUCCCACCGGGCCCGAAACCUUUGCCCCUUUUGGGCAAUGUGCUGCAGAUGGACCGUCGUGGCUUCCUGAAAUCCUUUCUGGCGCUUCGGGAAAAGUAUGGGGAUGUAUUUACCAUCUUCCUGGGCUCUCGCCCUGUGGUUGUGCUAUGUGGACCUGACACUGUGAAGGAGGCCCUGGUGGAGAAGGCUGAGGAGUUCAGUGGCCGAGGACCCAUUGCCAUGGUUGAUUCAGUUUUUCAGGGGCUUGGGGUUAUUUUUUCCAAUGGCCAUACAUGGAAGACUUUGCGCAGAUUCUCUCUGGCUACCCUCCGGGAUUUUGGGAUGGGAAAGCGAAGCAUUGAAGAACGGAUCCAGGAUGAGGCCCAGUGCUUGGUGGAGGAGCUCCGGAAGUCCAAGGGAUCCUUGUUGGACCCCACCUUUCUCUUCCACUCCGUCACAGCCAACAUCAUUUGCUCCAUUGUAUUUGGUGAACGUUUCUCCUAUCAUGAUGACCAGUUUCAGGAGCUGUUGAACAAAUUCAAUGAAACAUUUGUCCUUACAAGCUCUGCCUGGGGCCAGCUGUUUGAGUUAUUUUCUGGCUUCCUGAAAUUCUUCCCUGGUCCCCAUCGACGCUCUCAAAGCAAUCUGGAGUUCAUCAAUGCCUACAUUGCAGACAAUGUGGAGAAGCACAGACAGAGUCUGGAUCCCAAUGCCCCCAGAGAUUUCAUUGAUAUAUACCUACUCCGAAUGGAGAAGGAAAAGGGAAUCUCUGGCACUGAGUUCCACCACAAAAACCUCAUCCUCACUGUUUUGUCACUGUUCUUUGCGGGCACUGAGACAACAAGCACCACCCUGCGCUAUGGCUGCCUUAUUCUUCUUAAAUAUCCCGGGGUGGCAGAGAAAGUCCAAGAUGAGAUUGACCAGGUGAUUGGGAAAGACCGUACUCCAGAAAUCAAGGAUCGAGCCAAAAUGCCCUACACUGAAGCUGUUAUCUAUGAGAUCCAGAGAUUCAGUGACCUCCUCCCUCUGGGUGUGCCCCAUUGUGUGACUCAGGACACCUCCUUCAGAGGCUACCUCAUUCCCAAGGGCACUGAAGUGUACCCUCUCCUGAGCACAGUCCUGCAUGAUCCCAAGUACUUUAAGAAGCCUUAUGAUUUUGACCCUAAUCAUUUUUUGGAUGCUCAGGGAUCUUUGAAGAAGAAUGAAGCCUUUAUUCCCUUCUCUUCAGGAAAGCGAAUCUGCCUGGGGGAGGGCAUUGCCCGGAUGGAGCUUUUCCUCUUCCUCACCACCAUCCUACAGAACUUCUCUCUGAGGUCCUCUAUGGUUCCUGCUGAUAUUGACCUCACUCCAAGGGAGAGUGGAGUGGGUAAUGUACCUCCCACAUUCCAGAUUCAGUUCCUCCCCCGUUGAAAGGUGCCAAGGCUAAGAGGCUGGAAGAAGCAGGCACUGGACCCUAUUGUUACCAAGCCUACUAUCUGAGAAGUCUACCAGAGCAGAGACUGGAGGGGGCAUGGCAUCAUUUACCACCUUCACUAGAGGGAAACUUGAGCAGAGAUGGGGUUUGAACUAGCAUAAGUUUCCUCAUCUAUAAAAUGAGUGGGUUGCCCUUAAUAACCCUUUCUGUUCUAAAUCAUCAAUGAUCCUACAUUUCCAGUAACUGACCAGAACUUCCUCCUAUCCUGAAUGUUCCUAAAUGAGACUUUUGGUUUUGUGUAUGAAAGGAACUCAUGCUUUAUUCUUCAAAUCUGCAUUGGCAUUCAGUGAAUGGUCUCAGGGAGUUGUUGGAGCAACUCAGCUACAGGGACUAGUCCAGGGUGGACCCUACCUGGAUGGUCAGAGGUAAGCCUCGAACACACGUCUUCUGGUCUCUGAGGCCAGCUCUGUAUCCAUUCUACUAAUUAGACUCUCAAAGUGCUAUAUAAACAUUAAAUACCAGAUAUUCCAAGUUAGAAGGCACCUUGGAAAGUAGAAUGCUGGAGGAGGUUUCUAUUUAUGGAAGGUGGUGUGUGUGUGUGUGUGUGUGUGUGUGUGUGUGUGUGUGAUGGAGUUGGGAAAUGAACUAGUCUAGUGCACUCAGUUGAUUUUGAUUCACUUCUACACUUUGAGAAGUAUUAAUCAAGCACCCAUUUAUAUGUAUAACAUUAUGGCACUGAACAUACAAAGAUGGGUACUCCUGUCCAUAUUGUUCUUCAAAUAAUAUAUUAAAAAAUGUGAUUGACAA